AUGGAUAACAUAUCGUUCAACCUACCCGUCACCCUGACUAUAUUGGGAGGGUCAUAUAUCCUGUAUUCUCUCAGCCUUAUCAUCUACAAUCUCUAUUUUUCCCCGCUUUCCAAGUUUCCGGGAUCGAAAUGGAUUAUUGCGACUUAUUGGCCGGAGUUCUACUAUGACUGGUGGUGCAAUGGGAAAUACCUCUUUGAAAUUGAGAAGAUGCACGACAAAUAUGGCCCUAUAAUCCGGAUUAACCCUGAGGAGCUGUCCAUUCGUGACCCUGAUUUCUACAACGAGGUCUAUGUCACAGAGAGUAAACGCAGAACUAGUCACUAUGAUGUUUUUUGCAAAGGAAUUGAUUUCGAUGGAUCACAUUUACUCACUGUGGACCAUGAUCUCCAUCGACGUAGGAGAAAGCCACUUGAGCCAUUCUUCUCCCGUCAGGGGAUUAUGCGGCUUCAAGAUAUGCUGGCAGAGGUAGCUCUUAAAUUGGAAUCGCGAAUCAGAGCCCUUGAAGGGACAAACACCGUGAUACGACUGGACCAUGCAUUCUCCGCAUUUUCCGGCGACAUCAUUGGGAAAAUCUGCCUAGAUAGUGGAGAUGAGAGCAAGACUUUUUUGAGCCACCCAACGUUUAACCCCGAGUGUGGGACCAGGUACGAUACCAUUCACACCAUAGUUCGUUCGAUUCCCUUGUUCACUGCCUUUCCCUGGAUUGUCCAGGUUGUGAGCUUUAUUCCGGAAUCAAUCCUUCUCCGGGCCUUCCCAAGGGGCCAAAUGUUUAACAACUUCAAGGAUGUUGCCAAACAACACAUCUACCGGGCUCUAAGAGACACGGAAGAAAGUAAAAAAACAGGCAAGAAGGAUACCCAUCAUGCCUCUCUCUUCCACUAUAUUGCAACCAGUGAUAUGCCUGAAUCUGAACGAUCACCGGAACGACUAGCUAAAGAAGCCCAGGUGCUUCUCGGUGGUGGAACUGCUAGUACUGCACGUACAAUUGGCUUUACAGCCUUCUACAUAAUGUCCGUCCCAGAAAUCCGGUCAAGACUGGAGGAUGAGCUCAGGGAUGUGAUGGCAGAUUGGCCACAACGCAUCCCGUCUUGGGCUGAGCUAGAAAAGCUGCCCUUCUUACAGGCACUAAUCAAGGAGUCCCUUCGCCUCAGCUACGGUGUUAUGCACAGACUUCCCCGUAUUUCACCAGAUGUGCCUAUUCAGUACAAGCAGUACUCUAUCCCUCCUGGAGUUCCUGUGGGAAUGUCAGCUUAUUUCAUGCACUCUGAUGCGAAUGCAUUCCCCGAGCCAGAUAAGUACAUCCCUGACCGAUGGCUUGGGAAGAUUACCCCUGAAAUGCACCGAAGUUAUGUGCCAUUUACACGAGGUUCCAGAAAUUGCCUGGGAAUGAAUCUAGCAAUGUCUGAAAUGAGCCUUAUUCUCGCAGUCCUCUUCCGACCUCAUGGCCCCAAGUUCGAGCUUUUCGAAACGGACGAAAGUGACGUAAAGCAAGCCCAUGAUUUUCUUAUCCCGCUCCCCAAAAUCGAUACGAAGGGGGUUCGAGCCAUCAUCCGCUAA